GAACAACCCGCAACACAGCGUAUUCGAUUUACCGGCCCAGGAUGGAGAUUCUAGCGAUGCAGAGAGUGGUUGCUAGCAAUUCUAGACUCUAAAACUGGCCAGCUCAAGGCAACGCGUCGCAAGCCGCGGCCGCGAGCACUACAUGUAGCAAAGCGUUCCUCGUACUUGCAGUGCUUUUUCUUCUCAUAAUACGAUUCUCCAUAUCAACACCCCUCGCUUGUUUAGUCUCAUCAUGUCGCAUAAGCUGGAUAUCGUGAUUGUUGGCGCAGGACUGUCGGGUCUUGCUGCUUCCAUUCAAUGUGCGCUUUCUGGACAUUCGGUCACGGUGCUGGAAGGCGCGAAGGCACUCGCUGAAGUCGGCGCUGGCCUUCAACUCACCCCCAAUGCCACGCGACUCCUCCAGGAAUGGGGCGUAUACAGUGUCGUCCAGGAUUCAGUCUGCGAACCCAAAACUGUCACAGUAUACAACUACAAGGGCGAGGUUCUCGCACACGAGGACAACUUCGACGCCAAUAUUCGCCGCAAAUACAACGCGCCGUUCUCGGACUGUCAUCGCGUGGAUCUUCAACAGGCGCUGGUCAAGCGGGCACAAGACCUGGGUGCCACAGUUGUACUGAGUGCAAAGGUGACAAGUAUCGAUUUCGGGUCCGCGACAGGAGACAGAGCUAAAGUCGUAGCUGGAGGAGAUAAAGUUUACGAAGCAGACUUGGUCGUCGGAGCCGAUGGCUUGUGGUCAACAUGUCGGUCGACAUUCCUUGGGCGGAAAGACCCACCGCUACCUACAGGUGAUCUUGCAUACAGGAUUGUAAUGAAUGUCGAUCAGAUCAAGGAUGAGAAGCUUCGGGAUAUGGUUCAGAAACCAGCUUGCCGAUUCUGGGCCGGCCCAGAUGCUCACGUGGUUGCAUACAGUAUGCGCGGGGGGAACACAUACAACAUCGUCCUGCUAGUACCUGAUGAUCUCGAAGAGGGAGUGGCGCGGACAUCGGGAGACAUUGAUGAGAUGAAGAAGUUGUUUGAAGGAUGGGAUCCAGUGCUGACUCAGUUCCUCGGAUGUGUCGAUAAGGUUGACAAGUGGAAACUCAUGCACCGGGAGGAACUCCCGUCGUGGAUCAAUCCUCAGAAUAACCUCGCUCUGAUCGGCGACUCGUGCCAUCCCAUGCUGCCCUACCUCGCCCAGGGCGCAAACUCGUCCAUUGAGGACGGUGCCGUCCUCGGCCUGUUGCUGUCGCCGCAAAACUUCACAGCAAAAUCGCAACUCCCCGACACCUUGCAGCUCUUUCAGAAACUGCGCAAGGAAAGGGGUGAGGGCAUCGUGCGUGAGACGUUCAAGCAGAGGAAGGACUUCCACAUGCGCAACGGCCCGGAACAAGAGGAGCGCGAUCGCAGGAUGCAGAGCAUGCUAGGCGCAGAGCUCCAGGGCCCAUUUCCUAGUCGCUGGACUUGUCCUGAAGUCCAGCCCUGGCUGUAUGGGUACGAUGCAUUCAAGGAAGUCGAGGCGGCGGUUGCGGCAAGGACAUGACGUCGUAGGUGAAGCCGAGGCAGUCGAGUUAAUAGAACAGGGAAGCAAUGGCGAAGGGUAUUUAUGACUCAAACAACAUCCGGAGUGCUUUUUGUUGUCAUGAUUGAUCGAUUGAUGUGAUAGAGUUUGAUGCUCG